ACAGGAGCAUCACACCUGUGUCGCCCGCUUGGACCAUGUGACGGUUUAUGUGGCGUGAUUAAAACAGCAGCAGGAGGUUGUUGCAGCUGAUCGCUCUGUUGUUUGUCCAUGGCCUGUCCUCCUGCCGCCUCCUGCUCCUACACGGUGGUCCUUAUCCCGCUUAGGAGCAGCCUCUGCAGCCUGGACGCGCUUCGCUUCUACUUGUGGAUCAAGCAUCUCAAGGAUCUAGAAAAGGAAAAAGAUAUCCUGUACUGCGGUCUGGAGAUCCUGGAGCAGGCCCGACUCUGGUACCGCCAUCGGCUCGAAAAGAGCAGGACCCGACAGGAUGACACAGAUGCCAAAAGUUGGGUCAACUCCUGCCGGGAAGGUGUAGCAAAGGGGGCCCAUUCCUGCUGGCUGAGCUCACGCGUGCAGCGGGUAAAUGCAUCGCUGGCUUCUGUCAUGACUGAGGCCAAUGACACCAGCACCAGUGGGGACUCUGCGGCAGACGGCGCCCUCCGGUGGCAGCACACCCGACUCACACAGGAGGUGCGUCAGAAAAAUCAACAGAUCUCCAAGUUAGAGAUGGAAAAAGACACGCUCCUCCAACAACUUUACAAAGUUUAAACUGGCCUUUCUCCUCAUUUGUAAAUGUCUAUUUAUUAAACGUAACAUUAUUGUGGGUACUUUGUCUGACACUUUGUGACCAUGGGUAAGGAAUUUUGGCGUGACUCUAAUCCAAGUCCUGGACUAACAUCAGUUCCUGACAUUGUUAUGAAAUAAUCUUAAGAUUCAACAGUUCAGGUUUCAGUUGUUUUUCCACAACGCACUCGUUGUGAAACCUUGAUUUUAUUUACACAUUUUGAGGUGAUAGAGUCCAACAAAUGAAAUUGGAAAUACCAAAAUAAGGCAAGAAUAAGGUCCAGCAUUGAAUAGAGUUGCGUAUGAAGUCACAGCCCUGUCAGUCCGGGAUCUUCCGUUUCCGUUGUGCACAUGUGGGCUCUCUGCCUCGACACGCCGCCCCGUCCCGGUGGUCCCGUACUGAUCGUAGUUGUGCUGAUAAACUUUAUCUAAAGGAGGCAUCACGCAAGUCUACGGGAAUUUCGAGGCGACCUCCUCUUGCCACCCCCCCCUCCCACUCAGCCAGAGUACAACCCAAAAAAAGGUGAAUCUAAAAAAAAAUAAUAAUUGUCUUGCACCACUAUUGCGACGAUGAUCACUUUAUUGCAUUAUAGGUGCGGAGGGCUAAAUUGUAUCGGAAUUUAAAUGUCUCACCUCUCCGCCAUGCCCAAAUGAGCCCUUCUGCACACUUCCUGCAAGGAAUCCGAUUAGGAUCAGCCCGUGCGCAUCCAAAAAGAAAACAUCCAUUAUGAAGGAGGCUUUCAUUUAAGUAGCUUCAUGCUCUCUACCUCACCGCGCAAGUGAACCAUCCAUCAAGGCCAGGGUGCCAGCACUUGACGAUUUACCGGCUCCAAUUCACACGGCACACAAUUUUGUUUUGGGUAUGUCACGCCUCACGGUUCAGUUAACUUGCGCUCAAUACGGGUAUUUCCAAAUCCUGUACGUACAAUGUCAAUCUUGUGGGUUUAUUUUAUUUUAUUUUUGCUUCCAAUUUUGUGGGUUUGGUCUCGAUGUGCAGUCGCUUCCGUGCAGGUCUGCGGCGCUGGCAAGAUAUAGGGGUCCCUCAUCAACUGCCUGUCGGGUUUGUACCGUGUGUUGCAACAAAAGAAAGCGAGAAAAUGCAAAAUAUUGGCUUUAUAUUUACACAUCAUUUACACUUUCUUCGAGAAGUUGU